AUGGACGCUCAAGGAAGGCACUUUAAGGAUAAACUUCACCGGUAUAACGCUGUCUUUGCUUUUACUUCUUUUGAGUACGACAUUGUCUCAGAUGAAGAUCGUACCAAAAACAGCGGCAACAACAAUAGCAAUAGAAGUCGAAUAAACGUCUUUCAGAUCUAUGGCGCACUUUGUCACCAUCAAGGAGCUUUGACUCCAGUCAAGGGUAGUGAAGCUUUCUACGCCCAGCUGUAUAUCUUUGAUUCUUCCUAUGCCGCUGAAUGGAGACAAGCACGAAACGGCAACCUUGAUCCUGAGUUCAUUAGAGUUUUCAGCUAUGCUUGCCCAAUUUCAUCGAUGAGAAUGUGUUUAACUGAAGGAGGCGAUAGACGCACUCUCAAUUUUCCAACAAUGGAGGAAAUUGUUGCUGUUAUCCCAAUCGAGUAUGGUGAUAGAGGCUCCAGUGAUAUUGUUCUUACCUUGAGAGGCAAUAACAGUCUUUGUCAAAACAUUGGAUUUGAGCAGUACUUUAAACGUGUUAGCCAGGCACAUGCUGCAUACAUGUCAACUCAAUAUAUAAUCUUAUUUCCUCAUGGAACAUCCACUGUUCCUGAUAAUUAUGAUAAUGAUCCAUGA